GGUGGCGGUGGCGGCGGCUCCCUCGCCGUCGCACCGUUCGGUAAAAUCUUCUUACCCUCAUUGGUGUCGGGGAAUUACACGUUUCUACACCAGUGUUGGGCACGUGACCUGGAAUGGCCAGACAUCAGGCCGAAGUUCAGAGUUUGAAACUGGACGAUGAUUCAGUCAUAGAAGGAAUAAGUGACCAAGUGCUUGUGGCCGUUGGGGUCAGUUUCAUUUUCAUUGCUGCACUGGUGUAUAUACUUGUAAGAAAUGCGCACCAGAACAUACAUCCAGAAAAUCAAGAGCUAGUGAGAGUUCUUCGGGAGCAACUUCAAACAGAACAGGAUGAACCUGUUGUUAUUCGGCAGCAGUUCUACACUGAUAUGUCCUGUCCAAUCUGUUUACAUCAAGCUUCUCUUCCAGUGGAGACAAACUGUGGACAUCUUUUUUGUGGUACCUGCAUUAUUGCAUACUGGCGGUAUGGUUCGUGGCUUGGAGCCAUCAGUUGUCCAAUCUGCAGACAAACGGUAACUUUGCUCUUACCACUAUUUGGUGAAGUUAGUCAGCGUCAGGAUGGGGCGCAGCUGCAUCAAGAUAUCAUUGACUACAACCGAAGAUUCUCAGGGCAACCCAGAUCUAUUAUGGAAAGACUGAUGGAUCUCCCGACUUUACUGAGGCAUGCUUUCCGGGAAAUGUUUUCAGUUGGAGGUCUUUUCUGGAUGUUCCGAAUAAGGAUACUGCUGUGUUUACUGGGAGCAUUUUUCUAUUUAGUUUCCCCUCUGGAUUUUCUUCCCGAAGCCUUGUUUGGAAUUCUGGGAUUUCUAGAUGAUUUCUUUGUCAUCUUUCUGCUGCUUAUUUACAUCUCUAUCAUGUACCGAGAGGUGAUAACGCAAAGGCUUGACAGAUGAAUUUUUUUUAAAAGAGGAUGAAUAAGAUGCUUGACUAUUUUACACAGAAUGCAAAGCAAAAGAAUCCAUGGCAUAACAAAGCACUUGAAUAUCAUUUUACAGUUUCACAAACAUGAAAAUUUGACAUCUAAGCAGCUAGUAAUAUGUAACUGGAAUCAUAAUCAUGUUGCAGAUUCUAAUGGUAAAAUUACAUUUACAACUACGACUAUAAACACUUGUUCAGUGGGUAUAUGUAAACUAACACCAGCUGAAAAAACCCUCAUCUAAUUAAGGGACUAAGUAAAAGGGAUGCUCUGGCAAUAUCUUGACCAUGUCACCUUCUGAAAUGGUGGAAUACAGAAAGAUAUUAAAUGAGAAAUGUCGCGCCUCUUCCAUUUUGGAAGUUUCAAUAAUGAAGUGUAACUGUUAAAAUAUUUUUGUUACAGUAAAAUUACAUGUUGUAUAAAAUUGAAA